AUGCGAACUCGCAAAAGCGAAGAAAUCUUCGCAAAUAAGAAACCUGGAUUUACCCUCUUCAGGGGCUGCAGGUUUUUGCUCGAGGCAGCAAAAGCCACAACCCGAUCUCCCAAAGCAGCAUCUUCUUCUGUUUCCAAGAAUAAGGCUGCUGCUACAACCUCGAAAUCGUCGACCUCAGCAGGGAAGCAGGGUCGUUCUCCUUCAGCUCGACCCACUGGUAUUUUAAAGGUAACCCCUGUUUCUCCCACACUUCAUAGCUUUCUUGGAGUUUCUGAGACUUCUCGGGGCGAUGCUGUCAAGAAAAUCUGGGAUUACAUCAAACUCCACAAUCUUCAGAGCUGUAGUACACAUAGUACACAGACUCGUAGUAUCAUCUCUCGAAAAUUCUCAAUUUUCCUCUGCCUGCAGGACCCCAUGAAUAAGAGGGAAAUCAAUUGCGAUCACAAGCUCAAAACACUAUUUGGAGGGAAGGACAAAGUGGGGUUUCUAGAGAUUUCCAGGUUGCUGUCUGCUCAUUUCGUGAAGCCUAACUGAAGUAGUCGUGAAAUCAUCCAUGCUUGACUCUUGAUAUUGUACAUAAACUACUUUGCCUUUUGACAUUAAACUCUGAUUUGCAACUUGUGUGCUUAGUUUGCUAGAUGGACAUCUUGUAAAAAGUAAAGUAGGAAGAAGCAGAAAGAGUAGCGGCUCAUAAACAAUGUAUGUUCAUUUCUUACUUCAGUGAAAUGUAAUGAAUGUUUUUCCUG